AUGGCUUGGCUACGGGUGUUGCUGCUCCUGGGGUCCUGUUCUCUCGCCUACACGUCUGACUAUGCAGCCCCUCGUUAUAAUAUCAGCUUGGACCUGCCUCCUGAAGAACGCUGGAAGCCAGUUAUUGAGCAGUAUAAUUUUACCGAACUACAUCAGUAUAUGAAUAAUUUAUUGAGUGUGAUAAAAAAUCAUUGGUCCAAACACAUGUAUUAUAUUAUGGCAGAUAUUUACUUAGACUUUAUUGCUCAUGAACCAUACGCUGGGGAGAUCCGUGGUAUAGCCAAAUCGCUUGGCUUAAAAACGUCUGAAGUAACCCUCAUAAACCUUUUCUAUGAAACUGUUAUGGCCUGCACAAGUAUAAUAGCAGAAACUGAAGAAGGAUAUAUUUAUCAUGGAAGAAACAUGGACUUGUACAUUCACACAGACCUAAGAAAGCUAAGAAAGCUUGUGAUUGAUGUGGAUUUUAUUAGGAAUGGGCAGAUUGUGUACACAGGAACAACCUUUCCAGGACUGGUUGGUCUUUACACAGGGCAAAGUCCCCACAAAUUUACUAUAUCUGCAAAUGCUAGAGAGGAUAAUCACUACCUGUGGAAGAAUGCACUUUCUCUUUUACUACAGAGAUAUCCUGUCAGCUGGCUCAUCCGAAAUACCUUGAACAAUGCCCCAGAUUUUGACUCAGCAGUUGAACAGCUAUCAGAUACUGAAAUCACUGCUGAAAUAUACCUUACUGUUGCCGGUACAAAGCCAGGAGAGGGUGUUGCUAUUACUAGAGACAGAGAUGGAUUGGCUGAUACUUUAAAUUUAAAUGCCUCUGAUGGAAGAUGGUUCCUUAUACAAACCAAUUAUGACCGAGGGAUUCCACACCCAGCCCAUGACAACAGAAUGCACUUUGCUACCCAGGCAAUGAAUUCAACAGGACAAGAAAAUAUUAACAAAGAUUCUUUAUACAAGGUCCUGUCAACCUUCGGAGUGAUAAAAUGGGCAACAAUCCAUACUACAAUGAUGAGUGCAGCUUCUCCAGAGGAUUAUCUUUCCUUCAUUCGCAUCGCAGAUGAGACAUUAAAAACCACAAGAAUCUCUGGUGUUUAUAUUGUGGUGAAGAUUGCAGGAGUGCAGUAUAUUUUUUUCUGA